AUGGCAGCCUCUGACGAAAAGGAUGUCCUGAUCGAUCGUCGUGUAUAUGAGGAGUCUCGAAUUCGCACGUAUCAUAUUCCUCCAAAACAUGAAAAUCUCCAAACCCGCAAUAUCCGGCGGAGUUUACUGCACCUGCUCCUGACCGUGAUGCUGAUCAUGGCCAUGGUGUUCUUCUGGCCCUGGAGCCACUGGUAUCCCAUCGCGGAGCUGUCCAUUGAACAGCGUGUGCACAAGAUUCUGUCGGAGACGCCACUGAUCGACGGUCAUGACGAUUUCCCAAUCAUGAUUCGGGAAGUCUUCAAAAACCACAUCUAUGGAGAUAAUUUCACAUCUCUCUUCGUAAAUGGCAACAUGCCCUUACAUGUGGAUCUCCCUCGCCUGAGGCAAGGCAUGGUUGGGGGAACCUUCUGGAGCGUGUACGUCCCUUGCCCGAAGGAUUGGUCAGAUUUCUCGAACGAGAACUAUGCAGGAAGUAUGAGAGAUACCAUGGAGCAGGUGGACGUGAUGUCGCGUGUCCAACGAGCUUACCCUCAUGUCUUCUCUACGAGGCCCAACGGCACGACCGCCAUGAGUGCGUUUCAGGAGGGUAAAAUAAUCUCGCCAUUUGGAAUUGAGGGCUUACAUUCUAUCGGAAACUCACUGGCCCACUUGCGCAUCUUUUACGAGCUGGGCGUCUCCUAUGCGACUCUCACACACAACUGCCACAAUAUAUAUGCCGAUGCCGCCCUCGUGGAGCUUCCACAAGGAGGUGUCAAAGUGGCUAAACCUCACUGGCAUGGACUCAGCGAUGCAGGUCAGAAACUUAUCACUGAAAUGAAUCGCAUUGGCAUGAUCGUCGAUCUGGCGCACGUAAGUGUCGACACGAUGCGCGAUGUGCUGGGCGCGGGCAAAUCCGAAUGGUCAGGUAGUCGGGCUCCGGUGAUCUUCAGCCACAGCUCUGCGUAUGCGCUCUGCCCGCACCCGCGCAACGUGCCCGAUGAUAUUCUGGCUCUGGUUCGAGAGAGAAAUUCGCUGGUCAUGGUCAACUUUUCGCCGAGCUUUAUCUCGUGUGUCGCAUCCAAUAGUCCUGAUGGUUUGCCGGAGGAGGACCCCACCAAUGCCACUCUGGAACGGGUUGCAGACCACAUCAUGCACAUCGGCACUCUGGCUGGCUUUGACCACGUCGGGCUAGGCAGUGAUUUUGACGGCAUUCCGAGUGUCCCCCAGGGGCUCGAGGAUGUGUCCAAGUUCCCGAACUUGAUCGCCGAACUGCUGCAACGAGGCAUCAGCGACGAGGAUGCAGCCAAGGUGGCCGGAGGGAAUCUACUUCGCGUGUGGAAGGAGGUGGAUCGGGUGGCGCUGGAGAUGCAGGCCUCCAACGUCCUGCCGGCGGAGGAUUGA